GUCUGUGGUCCUACUGUUGGUUGGAAUGGUUUCAGAAAGCGGAACUCGAAUAAAGCAAGGCAUCACAGAACUGUGUGCAGGGCACUUUCGGGAGGGUAAAAAGGUUCGCUGAAGGUAGAACUGGCAGAAUUCAGAGCUUAGAAGCUGAGAGCCACAGCAGGCAGGAAGACUACUGGACUGGCUCCAGACAGGACAGACGGAGGGACAGCGCCCAGGGCAAACUGCGAGGAGCAGACAGAAGAAGAGAAGGUGUGAAGAAAAGGGAGCAAGGGAUCCGUGAUUGUAUCGGGCAGAGCGGGCAUGGCUGGGUUCCUGGAUAACUUCCGGUGGCCGGAGUGCGAGUGCAUCGACUGGGCGGAGAGGCGCAACACUGUGGCCUCCAUCAUUGCUGGAGUGCUGUUCUUCACUGGCUGGUGGAUCAUGAUUGACGCUGCCGUGACGUAUCCGAGGCAGGAGCAGAUGAACCACGCGUUCCACACGUGCGGUGUCUUCUCCACACUGGCCUUCUUCAUGAUUAACGCCGUGUCCAACGGUCAGGUCCGGGGGGAUACCUAUGGAGAGGGCUGCUUUGGCCGGACAGGGGCGCGGCUCUGGCUCUUCCUCGGCUUCAUGAUGAUGUUUGGCUCUCUCAUCGCCUCCAUGUGGAUCCUGUUUGGUGCUUAUGUUGCACAGCAUAAGGAAGUAUACCCUGGACUUGCAGUGUUUUUUCAGAAUGCCUUGAUAUUUUUCAGCACACUAAUCUACAAGUUCGGGAGGACAGAGGACUUGUGGAGCUAGAGCAGCUGCCUCUACCAAUUUCUCAACAUCCACUCUGCCCCUCUCCUCCCUCUUCCUUUUCCUUUGCCCUCCUCUUCUCUUCUCUUCUCCUCUCUUCUCCUCUCGUCUCUUCUGUUCAUCCCAUUAACCCCUCCCUCCGCUCACCAGUGGGGAGUGAAUUCUGGAGUCGGAUGUUCUUGUUCUUAUGAACGCCAGCUCUCACUGGACCAGUUUCCUUUAACACUGUGGACCAACGCCGCCACCCUCCCCCCACCACAAAAUGGUGUCUGUGCGCUCUGUCCACACAAUGACUCUGCUAGAGGGAGAGGGCUUAGUGACUGCCCCUCCCACCCCCCCAUCCCCUUGGAGCCAGCCAGCAAGGUGUGGGCUGGCACACCGUGACUCCACCCAUCGCUCAGGAAUCCCUCAGUCUCCCGCUUCUGCUGACCUGGGAAAACUCGGUCGCGGAGUCACCCGGAAGUGGAUUUUAGUUAGCUACAGGUACGCAGGGCAGAGUAUUUGGGCAUCGUUGGCUGAUCAAAACCUUUAGCAAUUUAUCAGGGUGUUUUCAACUUUCAUUUUUGCAAUCAUUUUUAAAUGCUUUAAUCAUAUUGUAAAGCUUCCAUGCUUAUGUUCUCUAAUGCCAACUACUCUCUUGUACCUGUAGCAGCUCCAGAGGCCAUACCCUUCUCAUUUUAUUUGUAUUCUACAAUUCAUAAAGAACAAGGAACAAAAACAUACAGUGACAAUAUAAAGUGCAUGGGUGGUAUUAAAAAACACCCUUGAAAAACAUGCAUUAUAUAAGUUACUAUACAUUUGUCAUGAAAACACAUCCACACAUAGACAUGUUUGUAUCGCACACAGAAACAGAAAAAUAUAGACAGAUGCAUGCAUGCACUUUUAUGUACAUGCACAUACACACGCAAGAAAUGCAUAUUCUGUACAAACCAAGCAUACAAAAAAAAUACAACAAAAUAUACAUAAAUUAAUAUUGCAUAUCAUAGUACAAUAAUUAAUACUGUACAUAAAAGAUAAUGUGUAUGACCAUAUAUGGAAUGAAAUUAAAGGGAACAUGGAGUGCAACAUUGGUACUGUACUCUUUCAAGAGGAACCGUUUUAGAUAUUUUUUAAGUAUUAAAUGAGAAGUGACUUCUGCACCUCUAAAAUUUGGGCAAGACUGGUUCUGUAAAAAAUGUCUGUAGAAGAUCAGUAGAUCAUAAGAAUGGAUCUGAGAGUUGCAGUGGAAGAGGUUAUUAAAAUAAUUACUGUUGUACAUUUUAAAAACACAUUUUCCAGCUAACGGGUAACUUGACCUGUUUUUUUAGUGAUCUGCACUAAGCAGUUGGUCAAAAAGUCUAGACUUGCAGCCUUGACAAUAUUUAUAGACUUUUGCAAGUAGCCCUGAAGAUUAAUUCUCCCAUGACAUGCAUGUUGAGCUAACAAGAUUUGGCAAGCUAUAAAUAACUUUGGCUGAAGAAUCGGCCAAAACUCAACAUUAACAACAUUUACAUUGGUGGUGACCGAAGAGUACGUAAUAAAGUGAAUUACUAUUUUAGCUUUUUUCAUACUGAGAGUACUGUGGAUCUGACAUUCACGAGAAGCGCCAUGACAUCAUUGAUUUAUGAGACCAUUCCAAGACAGAAAGUGAUUCCAGAAAAUGGGCGUAUUGGCUGUUUUAGUCUAAACUGGUUGAUAAAAGGAGCCGCGGUGGUGCAACAGGCUAAGAUGCAGCAGACUCGCGGUUGCAGUUCGCUGCAGUUGCACACCGGGGUUCGAUUCUCAGUCCUGCCAAAAGCCAAGUUUGGCCGGCUCACGUGGAGCAGCAAUAAUUGGCUCGGGACUCCAGAGGGAGGGACUCCAGAGGGAGGGACUUGGCAGUAGAUCGCCGCACAAUAACAAGCACCUCGGGCGCCUCGGCAUCAUGGUUACAGCUUGGGAGGUGAGACGGCUUGAAGAAGGCGUGUCGCUCUCCCGUUGGCCGCCGAGGGACGGGGUGUGGGCGGUGUAUCUAAUACUGGCUCUAAUUGAAUCAGACGGGGUCCAAUUGGCUACCAAAUUGGGAGAAAAGGAAAAAAAAAAAUAUAUAUAUCAGAUAAAAAAGUAAACUGGUUGAUAAAAAAAAAAAAACUAAUUUCUAAUUCUACUGCGUGGAUGGGAUCUGUGUCCCGUAGCUAUAUCUGAUAUGCUGGUCAAUCAGAGGCCUGUGGGCUGUUUGCUAAUUCUGCACAUGAAGGGUUUGACUGCAAAAAGCAGCUGGUAAUGUGAUGUGCUGUGGAGAUGAGUGUAGGCUAGUGUACACUAUGAGCAGUUGGAUGAGUGUAGGCUAGUGUACACUCAGCUGUUGGAUGAGUGUGGAUGUAGCCUAUUCGAUUGGGCUUUCCAAAUUGGACCAAAAAUGAGGGGGGGGGGGGGGGGGACCAAUAGGAAUGAGAAAAGUCUUAGAAUUGUUGGCAUAGCCCUGGAACCUUGGAUUGUAUUGCCGAAGCAUAUAGGUAUAUCAGUGUGAAUAGGGAUCACCCAUUAGACCGAUUCUAAAUCAUUUCUAAAUGUGGUUCGUCGUUACUCUUUCUGUUUAUUUCAUAUAAAAUAUCCGUAGUAGUAUUCUGUGGUUCUUAAAAGGCGAUCUCCGUAUCACCUUAUUCUUUUAUUAUGAAAACUGUUUUACGUAACUAAUUCUGUGUCACUUUAUUGGAAAUCCUCAUUCAAUUUUGCAAGUAAGAAGACCACAUUUUUUUAAAAGUAUUUAAAAUGAUCUUGCCUCUCUGUAGCCCACCAGCGACUUCAUUUGAGAAGAAAUCAAAUUGUAUAACUUUGUACUGUAGGAAUCGCCAUUGUAAUUGGAUGUAAUUUUGGACCUAAGACCCAACCCUAUUUUUUUGUGCCAAUAUUAUGUUGCUUUUGUGACAAUUUAUUUUCUGUUUUCAUUCUUUGUAGUGCUUUGUAGUCUCAUUUAUUUUCCAGUGGUCUGUUUUCCUACCUUCUCCCCUUGAAGUGUGACCUAUUCACAAGGUUAACGUAACAUUGUGACACUUGAGCAAUGUUACUGCAACACUGUGGAAAAGCUGUAGACAUUAUUAUUAUUUUUUUAUGUCUUUGGGCAAGUUGGGCCACUUUCAGGUAGAAUGGAAAUGUUAUUCUUUUAAAUUUUCUGCUGUUGUCUUGCUGUUAUAUGUGCAUUCUCAGUACAUAAUUAUAUUAUUGUUUGUUUUAAUGACUAUAGUCACCCUCUGUGCCCUCAACAUUAUUUAUUAUAAAGAAAAUAAUGUAAAACAUUUUGAACAUUUUAUAAUAGUAGUAACCAGUAUUUUUAUUUUAUUUUCGGUGACAUUUUAGUCUGUUUUAGUAACACAUAAUGUAAUUGGUCUGGUCAUUAUUCUCUGCAUCAAUGUCUUACACUGGAAUAUAAAUAUUAAAAAGGUGUACAGUAAAAAAAA